UUUAAAAUCAUCGGAGGUGAUUUUAAUCUGCCAAAAAUUACAUGGGGCUUGACUCCGGUGCCAGGUCGAUAUAACAAGCUAGUUGAAACAUUAGAAAUUUGUGGAUGGGUUCAACAGGUCCGAAAACCAACCAGGGGGAAUAAUACACUUGAUUUAAUGUUCACAAUCAACAUAGACUCUAUCUCAGUGCAUACCAGUCAUGAGUUUUUUAUGAGUGACCAUAGAGUUGUAUUGAGCAUUAUUCACUCUUUAAACGCCAUACAAUUGAACUCUAAAACUUCAACGACGUACCAGAGCAGAUAUUUUGAUCAACAAACAUGGAAACGGACUGAAACUCUCAUUCGAUGUUUACCAUGGGAAACUUAUUUUACCACAAAUAAUGUUGACAUUGCGCUUUCCAAUCUAUAUCACAACCUGACAUAUUGUCUUGACUGCACUGCUCCAGUUAUUGGCCGUGUGGCUUAUAAUGCUAAUAGGGGCCAAAAUACUUUUAAAAGAAAGCUGAGGAAAUUAAAAUACCGCUACUAUGAGCAGAAUGAUGUGUAUGCACUUCAGAGUAUACUUAAAUUAAUCGACAGAAAUGCUUCAUCUAAACAUAAGUAUUUCAUGAAUAUAGAAAAUAAAGCUCUACGUAGUAAAAGCCCAGAAUUAUCAAUACUUCGACUUUUUAAAUCCCGUGUAAAGUCAAAUUCCCUUGGCACGACUAAAUUCUUCAUAGUUAACGGAAGCAUUGUUAACGACCCGAAUACUAUAUGCGAACAAUUCAGCAAGAAAUUCUCGCAGUGCUACAAGACUAGAACUGAAAGCUCCAUCAUUUCAUUUCCAAUGCUAACAUCCAGACAUCUGUCGAAAAUUGAUUUCACACCCUCCAACAUCAAGCAGGCCAUAACUACCCUGAAAAAGUCUUAUGAUGGUGGACCUGACGGGAUACCUACAUCAUUUGUGAAAUAUGGAAGUAAAGAAUUUCCACUAUUUUGUUUGAAACUUUUCAAUCUGUCUAUGGAAUAUGGGACCUAUCCAUCUGCAUGGAAAACAUCCCUUAUCACCCCUAGAUUCAAAACAGGACCACGUAGUGAUAUUAUUAACUAUAGGCCAAUUAAUUUGACAUCCGUGCUCUCAAGAACCAUGGAAAAAAUCAUUCACAAACAGCUACUAUCAUUUUUACUUUCAGCUAGUCUGAUCAGCCCAUCCCAACACGGGUUCAUGACUAAACGCUCAUGUUUCACAUCGCACCUGGAGUUUUUUGAUCAAAUUACCCAGAGAAGAGAUGUUGGUCAGUCAGUGAUAAUUCUUUACUUCGAUUUUAGUAAAGCUUUCGACAGUGUCUCACACAAACUUCUUCUUUUAAAACUCUCUUCAUUUGGCAUACAGAAUCCCCUUUUAUCUUGGCUCAAAUCUUUUUUAGAAGAACGUAGCCAAAUCGUUCGCUAUGGAUCUUGCUACUCUAAACCUGUAAAUGUAACCAGUGGGGUUAUACAAGGAAGUGUGGUUGGUCCAUUGCUCUUUCUCCUUUUUAUCAAUGAUGUGUGUUCCCUCUUUCAGUAUGGUAAGCCUUUCCUUUUUGCUGAUGACCUGAAAGUAGUUUAUUCAUUCUCUUCUCCCACGAAAGAAAGCUAUAUUUCUGCGAUAAUCCAGGAGGAAAUAAACAAGUUGUACGAAUGGACUAUUUCGUGGAAUAUGCCACUUAAUGUUGACAAAAGCGGAUUUAUUCACAUUGGUCGCUGUCUUAACUUAAAUCUGACUGUACAGACACAUACACUCAAACCUCUCAACACUGUUCGUGACCUGGGUUUAAGAUAUAGCAAUAGUCUGAACUUUUCUGAACACAUUAUAUCUCAAGUAUCCAAAGCUAGAAAGCUCAUCGGAUUGAUAAUGAUAAACUUCAAUAAUAUCGAAUCGAGAUUGUUACUAUACAGAAAAUGUGUCUUGCCCAUUCUUGAAUAUGGUAUUUUAGUUUACAGUAAUUGUAGACAUAAUGAUCUGAUUAGAAUUGAAGGUGUUCAAAGAAAGUUCACCAAAGCUGUUCUGGGGUAUUCCGAUAACAAAGACUACUACCAAAGAUGUCAACAACUCAACUUAGAACCUCUUUGGAUCAGACGUAUCAAAUUAAAUCUUGUCUUUAUCUACCGGCUCAUUAACGGUAUUUCCUACUCAUCGGUAUCUACCCCUUCAUACCUUAUAAUAUCGUCCCACAAUCUACGCAAUAAGGAGAAUAUUCUAGCGAUUCCAAGAACCCACACAAACUUACGUCAGAAUUUUUUCCUUAUUCGCUACUCAACCAUGUGGAACAGACUGCCAGUGAACCUCCGUUGCAGUGAAACUACAACCCGGUUCAAAAGUCUCCUUGACGAUUUUCUUUCCGAAAGUGGAUUAUGCCACCUAUUGAAUAUCAAUGUAUUCAAUAAUGAUUUAUACAAACAAGGUCCGUCAUUUAUUUAAUUGCUUGAAAAGCAAAAUAAAACCUUUAAAUCUUUUCACGUCUAUUUUGUUUUAUUUCUCUUUAUCUUAAUAUAUGAAGUCUGAUUAUGUUCGUGUUUUAUCAUUAUUACCGUUAUUAAUAUCAUUAUUAGUUCCCCGACACAUUAGAUAUUCUUUUUGUAUCUUCUUACCCUUCUAAACAUAUUUAACUCCAAAUUGUCCUUUGAAAUCAAUUUUGACUUUCAUAGCAUCAAUCUUAAUUAUUAUUGAACAAUUGUUUAUACUAAUGUUCGCUUUCACUCUGUAUAUUAUUACAUAAAUCUAAAUGUAUUCAUCCGAGUGC